AUGUCAUCCCGAUCAGAGCAGCCAGCCUUUACAACCAAUCGCGUGCAGGAGCUCGCUAGUGAGAUUAAUUCAGCCCUUGAGACAAUUAGGCAUGGAAGACUUCUGUUUAAUGGCGACGAAUUAGAAGCUCUGGAAACUGCGAGCCAUGGUCUUGCCAAAAUCGCAGCUAACGUCUUCGAAGAAGUCCAGGCAUUGGGAAAGAGGCGGAAGCGCACAGUUGUCUCAGAAGGACAGAGACUAUUAUCCAAUGCAGAGACCGUCAAAACAGAACUAAUGGCUACCCACAGGCUAAAAAAUCAAGUCACUUUCGUGAGAAAUAUACAGCUCUUCUUCAUACCUCCCAUCGAAUCGAAGCUUGAUUCUUCAGCAGUUAAGGCAAGGAAGAAAUUAACUCGCGAGCCAUUUGCACCAAGCGUAUGGGAUUCGAAUGUUCUGUCCAAAAGUACUUUCGACUUCGUCCUCGAAUUUUUGGAGUCCGAUAAGCCACAUCAAUGGCCGACCGUUAUCUAUGAUGUAUUGGAGGUGAAAGUUAGCGCAGAAAAUGCUCAAAAUGAACCUCGACUAGAGAUGCAACAGGCGGAGUUACAGCAGUAUGAAGCUCCAAAUGUUGAUGGUUGGUGUCACAACGCUCUUAGGAAGACGACUGGCUUACAAAAAGCAGAAGCUGCCCAAGAAUUUAUCGAGAUUGCAUUUCUCGUUCCCCCUUCCAGACUCGAGGAGCUCUUGAAACUUCAUCCUCCGUCAGCAGCCCUUCAUAGCGUUAUUCUCACAAUUCCCAUUGCAGAUCGUGUCGCAAGCAUCGUUAUUUCUAUACCACGAGACGAUGCAAUCCGAUUCGGUUAUCAGUCCACCUUACCAGUGAUAUUCAACUCGAACUCUCUUUCUGCGUUAUGA